ACCCGCUUAGGGGCUCAGUCCCACCUAUAUAAUUCCAGCUGAUGUGAUUGGCUUAAAGCUGGAGUUUUGGGUUGGAACGGAGAAAGGAGGGAUGUCAUCUGAGAUCAGGGGGGUAGUCUUGGGGGGUGCCUCGUUCCCUCCCCUCAUUGGCCCCCAAGCCAAGACCACCGGCUUAUAAAGUGGGGCAGAAGGACCCAUGUUCUCCAAAGACACUGUGAAGUCCAAGAGCAAAGCUGCCCGAGAGAAGAAGACACCACCCAAAGUAACAGCAUUUGCUUCCAUACCUGAAGAACACCAAGACCACCUCACCACCCAUUGCUUUUGGCAACCCAUUUUCCACAGCCUUCCCUGGGUCUCUCAGGGUCUUCUAGGAUGGCGCCUUCCAGUCCACUCCAUGUGAAUACGCCACUGAGAGAGAGCACCCAUCUCUCCAAGUUGGCUGGCACCAAGGUCUACUUGAAACUGGAGUGUGCCCAACCCACAGGUUCUUUUAAGAUACGGGGCAUUGGGAAUUUCUGCAAAACGUGGGUGGAACGAGGUUGCAAACAUUUCGUCAGCUCCUCAGGUGGAAAUGCUGGCCUUGCAGUUGCCUACUCUGCCCGAAUGUUGGGGGUCCCUGCCACCAUCUAUGUCCCCUCCUCUACUCCAGCUUUCACUAUUGAGCGACUGAAGGAAGAAGGCAGCUCUGUGUGUGUUGAAGGAGAGGUAUUGACAGACAGCACAAAAGCAGCUAAGGAGCUAGUGAAGAACAACCCUGAGUGGGUCUAUGUGCCUCCAUUUGAUGAUCCCCUGAUUUGGGAAGGCCACAUGUCUCUGGUCAGGGAGAUGAAAGAGCAGAUGGCCUCCAAACCUGGAGCACUGGCACUCUCUGUUGGAGGAGGAGGCAUGCUAUGCGGAGUGAUCCAAGGCCUGCAUGAAGUGGGCUGGGAUGAUGUGCCUGUCGUUGCCUUGGAAACCAAAGGAGCUCACAGUCUGAAUGCUGCUUUGGCAGCUGGGAAGCUGGUGACACUUCCUCAGAUUACCAGCGUUGCUACAACUCUGGGGGUGAGCAUCGUGGCAGCAGAGACUCUGAAGCUGGCUCAGGAGCACCCCACUUUAUCAGUGGUGGUCACGGAUCGAGACGCAGUGGAAGCUGUUGAGAAGUUUGUGGAUGAUGAGAAGAUCCUUGUGGAGCCAGCUUGUGGGGCUGCCUUGGCCGUUGUCUACAGUGGGGUGGUCCAAAAGCUACAAGCAGAAGGCAAGCUGAAGCCCCAGCUGGACUCCCUCGUGGUGAUCGUGUGCGGGGGAAACAAUAUCACAUUGGCCCAGCUGCAGCAUCUCAAGUCUCAGCUGAGGAUCUUGAAUGCUGGGGAGCAGUGGGAUGAUGACGUAGAAGAGAGCCAUGUUGCGAUGGCCCUGUGGUCUUCACAAACCAGAGGUGGUGUUUUUCGGGCUUCAUUCCAGACACACCGGCCACCCUGUGCUUAUUAAAACUCAGUUGCCUCAUGCUGUCUUCCUUCCUUGGCUUCUGUCUUACACAAGGGUGUGCAACAGGGAACAGUGGCC